UUAAGUCAACCGUGAAAACUUCCUUAUUGCUACUUUAGAAGAGAUCAUGCAUUCUACAUACCCUAACUGGAUCCUCUAAGAAAUCAAGCUUUAGUUCUAUGUGAUAAUGAAAGGUCACAGCUUUGGGUGGUUGAUUUUGCUGUUUCUAAUACAAAGGUUUUCUUGUGAAACUCAUCCUAAAAAUCCCUUCAAAUUACAAGACUCUAACUUGACAGCUACAGAGGGGUCCUGCAUUGAAAUCAAAUGCCAAGUCUUAAAAUCUGUCACUGAUGCUCAGGCAUCCUGGUUUUGGAUGAAGGAUGCAGUUUGGAUAAAUGGGAGUUUUAGUGCCACUACUAUUUUCAGUUCUUCUGAGUCAAAACAUCCUGUCAAUGCACACUUUGCAAAAAGGGUGAAAUAUGUCGGCUCUUUAUCUACAAGUUGGAAAAAUGCUCCUUCCCAAUGGUGUAGUAUAUUGAUUGACGACCUGAAUAAAACUGACACUGGAAACUAUUCUUUUAGAUAUGUAGGAACAUCUCAAAAUGAUAUUUGGACUACUCAACCAUUUAUGAACCUCACAGUCACAGAAAAUCCAUGUCUGCUCACUUUUGAGGAACCAAAAAAUGUGACUGAAAAUGGCAAUGUAACACUUACAUGCUCCACAUUAAGCUCCUGUACUUCAGGCCUAAAAAUUGAAGGUCCUUCGGCAUCACUUUCCCAAAGCAAAUCAGAGAACCCUAAAAAGACCACACUGAGUUUUAAAGUCACUUGGGAGGAUGAUGGGCAUAUGUUUUCAUGCCAAACAGAGAACAAUACAGAUCCAUGUUUGAUUCGGAGUAUCAGCCUCACUGUAGGAUAUGCUCCCAAAGACAUGUCUACAACUAUAAGCUCUAACGUUGUAAAGGAAGGAACGUCUGUCAGUUUCACUUGCUCUGCUAAAGGCCAACCUGAGCCCACUUUUAAAUGGACUAAAGAUGGUCAAGAUCUUGACUCAAAUGCCAAUUGGAUGAUCUCAUCAAUUAAUGCAUCACAGAGUGGAUCAUAUACCUGUAAAGCUGAAAACAAACAUGGGAGUAAAGAAUCAGUGGUGACUGUCAUGGUUAUUUAUGCCCCUGAUGUUGACAUAGAGAUUUCACAGGAGUCCAAAAGAAGUCCAAAAACGAUUAUACAAGGAGAUAAAGUCACUUUUACAUGUUCUGUUAAGAGAAGCUACCCAAAACCAGACUCUUUUACUUGGCAGAAAGACAAAACACAUAUUGAUUCAAAACAGAUAACUGUUGUUGAAAACAUACAGCCAGAAGACAGCGGUAAUUACACAUGUAGUGCCCAGAACACUGUGGGCUCUGGAUCAAAAUCUCUUCAACUUACAGUAGAAUACAAACCAAGGAAAACCAACAUUUCUAUCCAUCACACAAGUGUGAAAAUUAAUACAGCCGCCACAUUCACUUGUUUAACUGAUGCAAAUCCAGCCCCUUCAAGAUAUUCCUGGUUUCAUUAUAAGCAGACUGACCUCUCCCAGAAGAAGAUGCUCAUGGUUUUCAAAGAAACUCUUCCCUUAGAAAAAGUAAAAAGAGCAGAUGAAGGAUGUUAUAUAUGCAACGCGAGCAACAGCAUUGACACAGGGGACACUAGUAAGCCCGUGUGCAUACAAGUAUUGUUUCCUCCCAAUAAUACCCAUCUGUACAUGACUGAGUUGGUCACUGAAGGCGAGCCUGUCGAAGUCAACUGCACUGCUGAAAGUUUCCCAUUGCCAACUUUCACCCUGGCAAGAUAUUCUAAAUCAAAUUCUCAGAGUUUACCUUUAAACAACUCCUCCUACAAAUUUAAGGCAACUUCAACAGACGCAGGCUUUUACACCUGCAAUGCCUCAAACAGCGAAGGAAACCAGUGGAGCUCAAAAAAGCAACUGGUGGUGAGAUAUAGCCCCAAAGAGGUGAAAAUAAAAGCUCAUCCUGAUCUUAUUGUAAAAGAGAAUGAGUCAUUAACACUGGAUUGCAGUGCCAACUCGUACCCAUCAGUAAGCUCCUUCACCUGGAUGAAGAUGAUCGAUGGGACGACGGAAACCACCAUAAGCACUAGGACACAGCUCAUUGUGAAUUCUACCAGUGUCUCUGACAGCGGGAAGUACCACUGUACGGCCAUAAAUGAAAUUGGAACUGGAAAAUCAGAGCAAGUUGAAGUUAAAGUUAAGCAUGGUCCAAAAUUCACAAAGAUUGAAAAAGUAAAGGAAGAAACGAUUAAUGAUGUGACAACAGUGACCCUGAGGUGCAUCAGUCAGUGCUAUCCUGAAGUCACACAAUAUUCAUGGUACCAGAGGAUAAACAAAAAAGAGAGCAAAAAUGUAGCAAACGAGAAGUAUAUUUCAGUAAGAUCAGACCAGCCUGGGGAGUACUACUGCGUCGCAAAAAACGAGAUUGGUGAAAGAUCAUCUGAGCCAAUCAAGCUAUUUGACGACACAGUUAUGAAGAUUGUGGAGGCCUGCUCGCUUUGUCUUAUUUUUCUAAUUGUAUGCAUACUCAUCUUUUUGUACAGACGCAGAAGGAACAAUUUAAUUCAACAAAGAACUACAAAUGUGUGGUCCUGGAGUAGUUUUCUGGGUUCCUGGAAUGGAGUCAGCAGGAGCAGCGGGAAUCAGAGUGGUUUGGCCGAGCCGUUCAGGAGCAGAGAUGACCUCUUGCUAGACCAGUCAUGUCAACCAAAUGCCCAACGACCCCAGCGUCAUCCAGACAGCACGACUGCAUCCAACGUGAACACUGUUUACUCUGCUGUGAAUCUGCCCAAAAGCAAACAGGCUGCCUCUGCACAAAACCCAAUCAAAGGUGGAAACAUGGGAAAUGAUUCUCUCAACUACGCUUCUGUGUUCUUUGUGAACAGAAAAAAUGAUCCAGAAGAGGAUGCUGAGUACUCUGUGGUGUCAAAGCCAAAGAAGUCAAAAGUGACAGAACAAGAAGGGCAGGAGGACUAUGAGAACAUCGGCGAAGAACUUCCACCCAAACCUCCAUAUACAUAUAACUUUGACUCAGACACAGAUACCAGUGAAGAUGAAGUAGAGGUCAACUAUGCUCAUGUGAACUUUAAACCAAAGUCUGGCCACCAGCGAGCAAAGAAAGACUCCAACAGCAGUGAAGAUGAAACUCAGUACUCUCAGGUCAAAAUUUGACUAAAAAUGCUUUGAUCCUAUUCAGACAUCUCUGCCAGUUUGUGCCAUGGAUGUUCUGAAAUAUAUUUGCCAGGCUAACUAUACUGAACAAGGCUUUCAUCACUUGAGUGUUUCUUUUUUCCUUCCUGGGAUAUAAUUUUAGCUUUCCUUUAUGUAUAGUAAUAAGUCCCCACAAGUACACAAACCCAUCUUUUUAUCACAGAUGUAAGACUGUUGGGGAAGUGUAUAUGGAUAAGUUAUAAAAUGAAAUGACUGCUGUUGUAAAAUUGUGCUCCCAUCCUCCUGCUGAGUUUUUUAAUGUAUAUAUCUGUACUUUACUGUAUGCAUAGUUCAAUUUCAUAACCUGCUUUGACACAAGCUGUUGUUUGAUGGCAAACUUGACUGCAGGGUCAGUUACUUGUGUCUUUUAAUCACAUAAUAAUUACGCAUUACAAAGUUGUCAAUAAAAAUAAGUGCCUAACAAGUUUUAGGUUGUACCUGCUUCUUACACACUGAACAAAGGGUUUUUUUCAGAAUUACACAAAGGUUAGUCAUAAGCAUAUAGUUAAAGAUUCAACCUCAGCAUACAGAUAUGUCUUUUUUCUGUCACGCAAUUUUUACUAGUAAGACAGGAGAAGAAUUUACAGACGAGGAUCAAAACCAGGGCUGGAGGGAAUGUCCAAACUCCUGAGCUUCUGCUGUCAAUUCCUCUAAAGCUAAGUGACCACUUUUUCAUUAACCCUUCCUAUAAGUCCCUUAGCAUCUUUCUCUUGUCCCAAAUGAGCAU